AUCACAUAUCUCUUCUCUCACAAUUAUUUUUGAGAGAGAGUUGUACUUGUUCGCUCAAGCACAAAAAUGGUUGGAUUUUUCUAUUCAUCACCUCACUUCUAUGGAGAUCCAAAGGCAAUUGAAAAGGUCAAGAACCAAAAAACAAUAAUUUAUCCAAAAGGCUUCACCAUCACAUGGGGCAACGACAAACGCUAUUGGCGUUUGCCCCGUCAAUCUUGCAACCGGAAGAAGGAGUCGAGUACGGGUGCAGAGUUGCUGCAAGUGUCAUGGUUAGAGGUGACAUGUUGGACAGACAAUGUGGAGGUCGGAAAAAGCUACAGAGUUGGGUUCAACCUUUCCAUGACGGCCGCGGCUUUUGGAUGGAAAGGGUGUGAAGUUUACAUAAUGGCCAAGAUUGGGAAGGCUGGGAAAUUCGUGUCCAAGAAGGUGUUUCUCGAUACCAAAGGCUCCGAUGAUCAGAAUAAGUUCAAUAUGCCGGAGGAUGAUCUCAUUAUCACUGUGAAACCUCCAUCGAGCUCGCCGGGAGACACUCGUCUCUACUUCGGAAUGUAUGAGGUUUGGAGCGGGAGGUGGAAGGGAGGACUCAAGAUCCACCACACAUUUGUGGAGAAGGUUGGGAACUAGAGCGAAAAAUAGAACGUGGGAUCAAAUCUCUAACUUUAAAAUCGAUAGUAUAUAUGUUAUAUAUAAGGCUCAUUUUAGAACUCAAUGGAUUUUUAGUUACAAACUUUUUAUAAUAUAAUAUUGUAAUUGAACAAUUAAAUUAGAUGUUUAACUUUGUAAUACUUUAAUAUAUUUUUCUUAAUAUAUUGUUUAUCAUAAUGACAAUGUUAUUU